AUAACUGGAUCAGGGACACCACAUCAUUGGUCUCCCUGAACCUCCUCCUUUCCCUUCCUCUUCCUCUUUGCUGAACCCCCUCCCCAUUGUUUCUCUAUUGCAUCCCCGCCGGAGGCACGCCGUCAAGCUGGCUACGCCCAAGGUUCGCAAUUCCCCUCACAGUUACUCCCACCACAGCACUGGCACCAGACCGCCUCCUGCAGCGCCGCCUGUCUCCAAGCCAAAGAUGGGCUCUCACAUGGACGCGGAUCCCACUCAAGCGGUCGACGGCCUGGUCCGGGCCAUCCGCGACCUGACAUCCGACCCCAACUACAAGCUGGUGGCCGACGUCUUCAGCGAGUUCCUGUACGUCAAGGAGCAGAACAACAAGCUUUCCAGCUCACACCAGGUGGUGCUGGAGGAGUACCGGAAAUUCCGGAACGAGCUCGAGGCUCAAAAGGAUGUGAUCGAGAGCGAGAAGCAGGUCCUGGAGGGUCUUGUGCAGGAGAAGGUGCAGGAGAUCUACCAGCUCACCGCGGCCAAGGUCAGGUUAGAAGGCGACCUGGAUGACACGCAAAAAACGCUCGACGACAAGAUCAGGGAUGCUGCUGAGGCCGCGGCGAGAGCUGCCCAGGAGUACGCCGACCUUCAAGAGAGGACGACCAAGGCGUACGCCAAUCUGCAAGAGAAGACGGCCAAAGAGUAUGCCGAGUUGGAGGAGAGGACUGCAAAGGAGUACGCAGACCUCGAGGCGAAGACUUCUCAGGAGUAUGCGGACUUGCAGGCCAGGUCGGCCCAGGAGUAUGCGGACCUGGAGGCGAAGACCGCCAAGGAAUACGCAGAUCUGGAAGCGAAGACCGCCCAAGAGUAUGCAGACCUGCAAGCAGCCAAAGCUGCGGUGGAGGAGGAGAAGAGGCUCGGCGAGGAGGCUGCCGCAGCCGCCGCGGCCGAAGCCGCUGACGAGAUUGCGGCGCUCGCCGAGGCGAAGAAUGGCCUCGAGGAGACCAAGGCCAACAAUGAAGCCGAGAUCGAGUCCCUCAAGAGCAAUGUUGCCGACCUCGAGACCGCCAAAGCGGACCUCGAGCAACUGAAGGUUGACAACGAGGCCGAGAUCGCUUCGCUAAAGGAGACUAUCGCGAACUUGGAGGAGGCGAAGGCGAAGCUGGAGGAGGAACUCGAGGCAGCGAGGCAAGAGAUUGCAUCACUCAACGCCACCCUCACGCUAAAGUGCAACGAGAUCGAGAGCUUGCAGGAGUCGCUGCGGGCGGCUGAGGAGCAGAUCGUCUCGUUGCAGCAGACGGUGGAGGAGAAGAACGCCCAGAUUGAGGACCUGCACGGCAAGCUCACGGCCGAAAGCGAGCGGGCUGACAGCGCCGAGGCACAUAACCGCGACCUCCGGUCACAGCUGGAUGAAACAAGCCAAAACCUCCACGUCACGUCGGCGAAGCUUGCCAACCUGGAGCAGUACCGCAUCACGCUAAACACCGACAACGACGACACCUACGUCACCGUCCUCGACAAGAUCUGGACCACCAUCGUGACCCUCGUCGAGGGCAUGUUCCGGCCCGACAUCGACGAGUCCAUUCUCCACGACUCGUCGUGCUGGACCAACCUGCGCAACUCGCCCUACCUCAAGCACGCCACACAGCUGCAGAUCCCGCUCCCUCAAUCCAACAGCGCGGCAGCCAAGGGGAUGCGCAUCAGCGCCGUGCUGGCGGUGCUCUCGCGGGCGAUGCACAAGCACCUCUUCCGGCCCGUGUACCUGCUCGACGACGAUGAUGAGAACCUUGUCCGCUUCCUGCGCGCGCUGGAGGACGAGGACCCGACGCGCGAGGCGCACAUGCGCGCCACGCUCCUCUCGAUGAUGCCGGAGCGACAGCUGGAGCAGCGGACGCGGCGCAUCAAGAUGGUGGUGCGCGAGGUGUCGUGGCUGGUGCAGCACCUGCUCAGCGCGCUGCAGUUCGAGACCUUCUGCUCCGGGCUUGAGGCCGCCUGCAAGCUGGCGUGCGAGCAGUGGAUGCGCAUCCAGCUGGCGCACAUGAAGAUCGAGCCCUACUUCGGCCCGCCCUACGACGACUUCGACUGGCAGGUGCUGGAGCUGCCCGAGUUCGCCGAGGCGGCCGAGCGCAGCGGGUCUGGAUUCGCGUACACGCGGGAGGACGGCCAGUCGGCCAUCGUCGAGGACGGCCGGCUCGACACGGCGGAGGCACGGUCCGAGGGGCGGUCCGUUGCCGGCGAGGGGGAUGUCGCUGACAACAACUCGGCCUUCGGGCACUCCAUGAUGUCGCACAACCCGGACGACGAGGUGAUGGACGGCGAGGUCGAUCCCGACGAGAUCCUGCUGGUCGUCUGGCCCAGCAUGUGCGCGGUGGAAGGCGGCGAGCUGAUGUCCAUCACGCAGGGCCUGGUCAUCUCUAAGGAACAGGCGCGUCCUGCGCUCGAGGAGCAGCGCACGCGGUCGAGGAUGAUCCCGAGGCCCGGGUCGCGCCGUGCCCGCACCCUGUCGAUGCCCGGCCAGAGCAGGAGCGGCAGUCCCGUGCGCAGCGCAAAGUCGAUUCAUUUCCUCGCCCACUCCCAGACGGCAUCCGAGUUGAUGGAGGGAGGCCCCGGAUCCGAUAUGUGAAGAAAAAGGGGCCAGCCCAUCGUCGUCGUCGUCAUCACCAUCAUCAUCGCCGCCCGGCCCCAAGCAACUUCCUGCGGGAGCCGAGU